AUUAUCCGAGCUAUAACUAAAAAUCCUAAUGACAAAACGAUAGUUAGUUUAAUUUUUGCAAAUCAAACGGAGAAAGAUAUUUUAUUAAAGGAGGAUUUAGAUGACCUUGCAGCAAAACACGAUAAUUUUACAGUAUUUUAUACUUUGGAUAGACCACAGCCAGGUUGGACUGGAGGAUCCGGAUUUGUCACUCCCGAAAUCAUAAAAAAGUUUUGCCCACCUCCAGCUGAUGAUGUAAAAAUUUUGUUAUGUGGUCCAACUCCCAUGGUAUCAGCCAUGGCAAAACAUUGCGAAUCAUUAGGUUACAAAAAAGCUAGAACUAUCUCUAAAUUGGAGGACCAAAAAGGAAUUGAAUUUGCAAUGUAUGGAAAGUAUUAA